AUGUCUAUGUUUAUUCUUUAUACACUUAAAGUUCAGACAGAGCUAGAGCCAGAGCUGCUAGGGUUGAAUAUCCGAGAAGCAAUUACACUAAAACUUGAAGAAAGGUUCAUAGGAAAAGUCCUUAAAAACGAAGGAGUCUGUGUCGCUAUUUAUUCGUUCGAAAUCGAGCAAACAUUUGUAAGGGAAUUAUAUUUGGAAUCUGAACUCGUUGCAAAGAUUGUGGUUUUUAAGCCGUUUAUAGGGGAAAUUUUGACUGGGAAGAUAAAAGAAUCCAACUCUGAAGGAAUCACAGUUUCCAUGGUAUUUAUUGAUGCACUUAUACCAGCUGCGUAUUUGGCUGAUCCUUCUGGAUUGUAAGAGAUAUUUAGCGAUGAGCAAGAAGGAGUCUUUGUGUGGCACUUUGACGAGCAUGACUUGUUCUAUGAUAUUGGGGAAACUAUCAGGUUUAAAGUGCAUGCUUUUGCGCUGCCGUUCGAAGACAGUGCUUCUGUGCAAUUGUUAGGACGAGCUAAUGAGGACGGAUUAGGGCUGUUGCAAUGGUGGGUUACUAGUUAA